AACUGUCAUCAUUCAUUGCAAAGAUUAGUCAUAGCUGUAUAAUUUUGUGGGGAGAUCAAAAUAUUUACAAAAAACGAUUUAUUUAAAUUAAUUUCCAACAAUUGUAGUAACCUUUCCGUAAAGUUAAACCAAAAACAAAUAUUAAAAUGAAUCGUCUGUUUGGAAAAGGUAAGCCCAAGGAGCCAGCACCAAAUCUGAACGAUUGUAUUGCGGGGGUGGAUACUCGUGCGAAUAAUAUCGAAGAGAAGAUAACAAAGCUGGAUAAUGAACUGCGUAAAUAUCGUGAACAAAUGUCGAAAAUGCGCGAAGGACCGGCUAAAAACUCCGUAAAGCAGCGAGCUAUGCGUGUGCUGAAGCAGAAGAAGGCUUAUGAACAGCAAGUUGAAGCACUUCGUAAUCAGUCAUUCAAUAUGGAACAGGCUAACUAUGCUGCACAAUCGCUAAAAGACACACAAGCUACUGUAGCUGCAAUGAAGGAUGGUGUCAAACAAAUGCAAAAGGAAUUCAAGAAAGUCAAUAUCGAUCAAAUUGAGGACAUCCAAGACGAUAUGGCCGAUAUGCUGGAACAAGCAGAUGAGGUACAAGAAGCUUUAGGACGUACAUAUGGCAUGCCAGAAGUUGACGAUGAUGAACUGCAAGCCGAAUUAGAUGCACUAGGCGAUGAAAUAGCACUCGAUGAUGAUACCAGCUACUUGGAUGACAUGGUGAAAGCACCAUCAGCUCCGGAUAAGGAACCAGGUGCCGAUAGUAUUGUACCCGGCAGUAAAAGUGGAAUUGAAACUGACGAGUUUGGCUUGCCUAAAGUGCCCACUUCGGUUAAAACGUCUUAAACACAUUUACUUCUUUUUGCGUCUCUAGUAAGAUGUCAAAAUAGUGACGUAAAUUAAGUGAAUUUAUAAACUGUAAUAAUUGAAAUGGAUUUUUUUCAUUUGUGCUUUCCUGUAAACAUUUUUUUAGAAUCAUCAUUAAAUAAGCUUCAAACAUAAAAACCAAGUUGUUAUUCGCUUCGAGUCUAUACUUCAUUGGUUCCGUCACUACAGUUUUUUGGUGAAUCUGAUUACACUAACAUGUGUUUUAGUCGACACACUACCAUCUUCAUUAAAAGAAAUAAUCUCCAGCGUCUUCUGAUUUUUUAUUUAUCAAAUUUUAUAUACUUCUAUUAUAAGUAAAUUUUUAACAAAAAACGUGUGACUCGAAGUUUUAGUGUCUUGAGUAUAAAUGUAUAUUUAGAACAGAAAAUUUAACAAUGCUACUUGGCACAGUUGCAUUUAAAAGUAUGGCAACAUUGAUGUGUAUUAUUUCGUUGACCUAUGUAAUUAAUAAUACGUCUGUAUAUUACACAUCUGGACUAUUUACUUGUGUGAAAUUACAUAGAAAUAUAUAUUUAAAUAAUUGUGCAUAAUACUAUCACUUACAAUGUACAUACAAAUACGGAGUUAUUUCAUAAAACUUAAACGAAAAACAAACAAACAGUGCGUUAAAGUAAUUCUAUUGCCAUUGGUGAAUUAUUUUUAAAUGUAUGUGCACUAAAUAUUAUAAAAAAUUGCGAAAUUUUUAUUGUCAAUUCAAACCAAUGAAGUCCUUAGAAUUGAAAUAGUUUAUAAAC